CGAUGGGAAAGAUGAUAAUAAGACGAUUGAAUGAUGUUAGGGAUGUUGAAAAUAUGGAAAUAACUUACGAUGAUCGUUUUAUAAUAACAGCUUCAAGGGAGGGAAUCAUUUGUAUUUGGCGUUUAUUAAACAUCGAAGGAAAAGCAAUUAAACUCGACAAAGAAUUCUCACCUUCAACCGAAAUUCUAAUUCCAAAAGUCGAUUUAGAAGAAAAACUCAACUUUAUUCGCGACUUACAAUUAAGAAUGCACGAAUUAGAAACGGAACACGCGUAUCAAAUGCGCCAAAUCGAAACAUUACAUAACGCAGCCAUCAAAAACGUCCACGAAGGCUACUGCAACGCCAUCGAAGAAUUAAAAGAGAAAAUCGAAGCUUUAGAGGGAGACCAUUUCACGGAAAUCAACACGAUUAACGAAGAAAUCAUGAAAAUGAAACACAAUCACGAAGAAUACAUUCAAAAAUUAGAAAAUAGUUAUAACGAAAAACUUAUUAACGAAUACGAGAAAUAUCUCAAGUUGGAACAAAAAAUGGAACAGAUGAGAGUGAGAUUUUUGCUUGAAAUCGAGGAAUUAAUUGUGAGCAAAAAGGAAUCUGAGGCGAAUAUAACUAAUUCGUUCGUUGAGAAAUUGAAUGAGAAAGAAGUCCAAUUGGAGGAGUUGCAAGAAGAGGGAAGACAACGAUCGAAAGAACACGAAAUAAUUAAGCAACAAAUCGAAGAUGAUGCAGAUCGAGAAAUUUACGAUCUUAAAAUAAACUAUGAAACACAAUUAACCGCGGAACAAGACGCGAAUAUUCGGCUAAAAGGUGAAGCGCAAACUGUUAAAAAGAAAUUAACAGCGGCAUCAAAAGAAAUCGAUGAUUUAAAACACGCGGUACACACCCAACAAAACGAACAAUUAAAAUUAAAACAAAUCAUAUUAAACUUAGAAAAAGAUAUGCUCGAUUUAAAAAAAGAAAUCGCCGAGCGCGAUUCAACAAUACAAGACAAAGAGAAACGAAUCUUCGAAUUAAAACGCCGCAACCAAGAACUAGAAAAAUUCAAAUUCAUUUUAGACUUCAAAAUAAACGAAUUAAAAUCGCAAAUCGAGCCGAGAGAACGCCGCAUCCGCGAACAAAUGGAACAAAUCACCGAAAUGGUCAACGAAUUAGAAAACUUACAAAAAAUCAUCCUCUCCUUAGACGUCCAAUUACGCGAAUUACGCGAAAAAUUAAAAGCAGCCGACCUCGAAAUCAAACGCGAAAUAACCAAAAAUCGUUGCGCGAAAGCAGCCUUAAAAAAAAUUCGAAACGACAUCCACCACGCGAGCGGUUUAAUCCAAGACGUUCCAAAACUACAAAAAGCAGUCAAAGAAAUGUAUCACACCUACAACACCGAUAAAGACUUCGAAAUUAUGUUGGCGGAAGAUCGCGAUGCCAAAAACGAAUUUCUACGUCAACGCGACUUUUUAGAAAAAACCAUCAAAUCGUUACAAACCCAAAUCAAUAAAACAUCCUCUUCGAUUAUGGACAAAUUAAAAUUGGUCGAAGAAAAUUCGGCGUUAAUCGUCGAAACGAACGCGUUAAGGAAAGAUUUGAAAUUGGAGUAUCGGAAGAAUCAAAAAAUGGAGGCUGUUUUGGGGUUGCAUAAGAAAUGCGUGAGCGUGCGGGAAACUGAAAAGACUUUGAAUGAUGCGGUUGCGACUCGGCACGAGAUUCAUAAUGAAUACAAAAAGAUUAUUGUUGAUAAUGAGAGGUGUAUUAAAGCGUUGGAGGAGGAGAAUAAUCGGUUGUUGCAUGAAAUUUCUUUGGCCGAUCGGUGCCAAGAAGAGGAAGUUCGCGAGGAACCUUUGGAGAUUAAAGAGUCUAAAACUACGGAUGUUAUUGAAAUGAACUAAAUUAAAUAAAUUCUUUUUUUCCC